CCUCAUUCGACUCUCAUCACUUUCUCCUUCCUCCUUCCUUCACAAAAAAACCUCCUUUCCUUUUCACUUCUCUGUAUUUUUUGACUCCUUAACCCUUCUCCAGUUUGUUUCUUUAUUUUUUCUUCUUUUCUUCUUUUCUUCUUCUGACCUUUCCUUUUUUCAGAGCUCAUCGCCUUUUACCGAGCCUUUUGUCCUUCUCUUGGAUUUUUUUAAAAUAUAUUUUUAUGUUUUAGUUUCUUGCUUUUUGCUUUUCCUUUUCCUUUUGCCGGUGGCGGAUUAAAUCACUUAAUUCUGUGCUUUUUGAUCGGGUAUAUUCCGUUAGCUGUUUCCCCCCUCGAAUUUGCUGUAGUUUCGUGGGUGCAAAGGCGAACCACUGAGCUUUCUACUGUGAAUUGGGAAUCAUUGCUGUAGCUUUGUUUGUCUGCGCCAGAUUUAUUGGAGAAGAACAGUGGUUGGUGAGAAUCUUGGCAUGUGUAAAAGUUGAGUUGAGGCGAAGGCUUUAGAUUCAGUUUUUAUUUGGUGGUAUGAUGGCGGAUAGUCGGCGCUACGCUCUCAAUGCCCAAUUAGAUAUCGAGCAGAUACUUAUGGAAGCACAACACCGUUGGCUGCGUCCUGCGGAGAUUUGUGAAAUUCUUCAAAAUUACAAAAACUUCCGCAUUGCUCCAGAACCCCCAAAUAAACCCAUAAGUGGUUCUCUCUUUCUUUUUGACCGGAAGGUGCUACGGUACUUUCGGAAAGAUGGCCAUAAUUGGAGAAAGAAAAAAGAUGGAAAGACAGUGAAAGAGGCUCAUGAAAGACUCAAGGCUGGGAGUGUUGAUGUACUGCAUUGCUACUAUGCUCAUGGAGAAGAGAACGAAAAUUUUCAAAGGCGUAGCUACUGGAUGCUUGAAGACAAUGAAGUGCAGCCUUCAAACCAAAGGCUGUUUAACUUGGCCCAAGGGAUGUGGUUAGAUCUAGAAUUGUUGGUCUGCAAUGGUAGCAGGGCAAAUUACAAUCGCUUUAGGGAUGCUGAUGUUACUCCCAAUAGUGGGCAAAAUCAAGAUGUAUCUAAUUCCAAUAUGUAUGGAUCAGAAGCUUCUAGAUUUCGACAAUAUGAUCACCAAGGAGCAUCACAGGUUACUGAUACAACUAGCCAUAACAGUACUCAGGCUUCAGAACGUGAAGAUGCUGAAUCAGCAUACAGGCACGAAGCAAACCCUGGACUCCAGUCUAUUCAUGAGUUGCAAUUGCCUACAAUGCAAAAGAUGGAAGUUGGUUCAAUUCCUUAUUAUCCAGUUCCGACAUCAAAUAAUUAUCAAGGACAACUGCCAGCUCUUCCUGAUACGAGUUUUGGAAAUAUCCAACAAGGAGAAACAAGUGAAAUAACUACAGAUAUUUCUUUGACAUACGGGCUUCACCGCAACGAAUUCCCAACUUGGGAAAAAAUUGUUGAAAGCAGUAACUCUGGUUAUGAAUCUGUGAAUUUUCAGUCAUCACUUUCUUCAACCCAGUCAAGUGCACUUAGUACAAUGACUGGCCAGGACAAUCAACUCUUCGAUCAAGCUUUUACUGGUGUGUUUGGGAAAAGGCAAGAGCUUGGGAGCCAUUCUGGUGGCAUGGAAGCGUGGCAGGCUUCAGAGAGUGAUUCUUCACACAUGUCAAAGUGGACUAUGGAUCAGAAGUUGGAUGGUAACCUGAAUUUAGGGCAGAACACAUAUUAUUCAUCAGUGGGUCAGCCUCUAUUGAAUGAUCGUACAACCAAAUCGAAUGAUGCUAAUCAAGUGGAAAUUUCUGAUUCAUUGGGACUUCCAGAUAUAUAUCUAACAGAACAAAAUGGACAGCAAAUGCAAAAUGACCUUCAAUUAUCAAACCUGAAUAUGGUUGAAAGUUCUCUUAGAUCAGAUUCCAACCAAAACCUGAAUGUAGAUAAUAAAACCAAUUAUCCUGCUUUAAGACAGCCUCUUUUGGACGGUGUUAUGCAAGAAGGUCUCAGAAAACUAGAUAGCUUUGACCGUUGGAUGAGUAAAGAACUCGGUGACGUGGCUGAGUCAACAAUGCAUCCUGGUUCUGGGGUAUACUGGGAGACUGUUGGAAGUGAAGAUGGAGAUGAAUCUGGCAUUUCUUCUCAGCCUUUAGAUAACUACGUCCUUGGUCCUUCUCUCUCUCAAGACCAGCUCUUCAGCAUUAUUGACUUCUCGCCAAAUUGGGCCUUUUGUGGGACAGAAAUUAAGGUGCUUAUAUCGGGAAGAUUCUUGAGGAAUUAUGAUCAGGUGGAGAAGUAUAGAUGGGCCUGCAUGUUUGGCGAAAUAGAAGUUCCUGCACAAAUUGUAGGAGAUGGAGUUCUUAGAUGCCUUACACCUGGACAUGAGACUGGAAGGGUUCCAUUCUAUAUCACAUGUUCUAAUAGAUUAGCAUGCAGUGAAGUACGAGAAUUCGAGUUUCGUAGUUCUGUUCAGGAUGUGGAUCUUGGGGAUACUUCCGAUGAAACCCUUCUUCACAUGAGAUUCGUAAAACUGCUGUCUCUUGGAUCAAGCACUUCUGAGGCCUCUGUCCAAGCCAUUUCGCCCAAGACCUCAGAAUUACGCCUCAAAAUCAGUGCUCUUUUGAGAGAUGAUACUGAGUGGGAACAGAUGUUGAACAUCACUAAGCAGGAUGAGUUUUCAGCGGAUAAGGUGAAGGAUCAGCUGCUACAGAAGCUUCUGAAGGAGAAGUUGCAUGCUUGGCUUCUGCAAAAGGUUGCUGAAGGUGAUAAGGGUCCCGGUGUUCUGGAUGAGGGUGGUCAAGGUGUGCUGCAUUUUGCUGCUGCUCUAGGUUAUGACUGGGCUAUACCACCCACCAUAGCUGCAGGUGUCAGUGUCAAUUUCAGGGACGUGAGUGGAUGGACUGCACUUCACUGGGCCGCAUUUUAUGGCAGAGAGCGCACAGUAGGCUUCCUCAUCUCUCUAGGUGCAGAUCCUGGAGCUUUAACAGACCCUACCCCAAUAUACCCUUCUGGUCGAAGUCCUUCCGACCUUGCAGCCAGCAAAGGCCACAGAGGCAUUGGCGGCUAUCUAGCCGAAUCUUCUCUGAGCUCCUUGAGCUCCCAACUAUCAGCCAUUGACUUAAAAGCUACGCAAACUCAAACCAGUGGAAAAGCUGUGGAGACAGUCUCUGAGCGCACAGCGACGCCAGCUGGCGAUGAGGGUGAUCAGACCCAUGGACUAUCGUUCAAGGACUCCUUGGCGGCCGUACGUAAUGCUACCCAAGCUGCUGCCCGUAUUCAUCAGGUCUUCAGGCUGCAGUCUUUCCAGAGGAAGCAGAUCGAGGAGUACAGUGAUGGCAAAUUCAGGAUUUCGAAUGAGCUAUCGCUGUUGGCCGGUAAAAGCAAGAGAGGUGGGCAGCAUAAUGAGCCGGUUCUUGCAGCUGCCGUGCGUAUUCAGAAUAAGUUCCGGAGUUGGAAGGGCCGAAAAGACUUUUUGCUCAUCAGGCAGCGGGUUAUUAAGAUUCAGGCUCAUGUGAGAGGACACCAAGUUAGGAAGAACUACAGGAAGAUAAUCUGGUCCGUGGGAAUUCUAGAUAAGGUCAUCUUGCGGUGGAGAAGGAAAGGAAGAGGACUGAGCAGGUUUAAACCUGAAACACAAGCCAUGGACUCUAGCAUGGUGGAUACAGAAACAAAGGAGGAUGACUAUGAUUUUCUAAAAGAAGGCCGAAAACAGACGGAGGAGAGACUGCAGAAGGCCCUUGCGAGAGUGAAAUCUAUGGUUCAAUACCCUGAAGCCCGAGAUCAAUAUCGCAGGUUGCUGAAUGUUGUCUCAGAAAUGCAGGAAGCCAAGGCAACAUAUGAUAAGGUCUUGAACAAUCCUGAAGUUGAUUUUGACGAUGAUCUGAUCGAUUUCGAAGCUUUGUUGAAUGAUGACACCUUCAUGCCGACAGCAUCUUAGGUCCACCCUAGUGGCUGCAUUUUUCUCGUAAAAAGUAACCGUCAUAAAAUGAUUGUGUGUUUAGGUUUGCACAGGUUUGCUUGUAUAUUUGACCUGACUGAUUUGGUUUAAUCCUUGUCUGUCAAGAAUGGUACAGAUUUACGGCAGAUUUGUGUUAGUAUGAAUUAACUUUCUCUUGACCUGGAAAUCGAUAGAAUCAUUAUAGUGCUAAUGUGAAAUUUCAGUCUCUUGUAGUUAAGUGGAA